AUGAACUUUACCGAACUUAGUGAGGCAACUGACGAUUUCAGCAUAGACAACGUCAUUGGGAUGGGAAAGAUUCGGGUGAUGUGCAAAGCAGUUCUUCCAAAUGGUUCACUCCUUUCAAUGAAGAGGUUACAUGGCUGUCAAUCAUUUGAAAAACAAUUCAUAAGUGAGCUAUUGGCACUGGGUACAUUGAGACACAAUAACAUAGUUCCCCUCUUAGGAUAUUGCAAUGAAAGGAAGGAAAAGCUUCUAGUGUACCAAUAUAUAUCAAACGGCAAUCUUUAUGAUUGGCUACACGCAAAAGAAGGCACUGAUAAGAUCUUGGCAUGGCCUUUGAGGAUUAAAAUUGCAAUCGCGAUUGCUAGUGGCUUGGCAAGGCUUCACCACAGGUGGGAUCUCCGAGUAGUCCAUCUUAACAAGAGUUCAAACUCUAUUUUACUUGAUAAGAAUUUUGUGCCCAAGCUAUCAAAUUUUGGAGGGGCAAAAAUAUCUAGUCCUAAAGGGAUGAUGUUCAUUGAUUCAAAUGACAUUGACUCAAGCAAUAGCUCUUUUGUAGAUUGUUGUGUUUGGGAGUUGGGUUUUGUUAAAAAGAAUGUGUAUGACUUUGGAAUUCUGCUUCUUGAGCUAAUUAUAGGGAAGGAACCCAUUCAAAUCAACAAUUUUUCGAACAAUUUGAAUGGGAGUUUGGUUGAUUGGAUUACUCAUCUUUUGAGUUAUUCUUCCAAUCUCUACAGUGUCAUUGAUAAAUCUCUAAUUGGUUGA